AUGGCUCGUGAUCCCCGAUCAUCACGAUUAGCAAAAAAAGAGGAGAUAAACAAAAAGAAGACAAGCCCGGUCAAAAACAAAUCUUGCCAAGUAACAAAAGAUGCCAAGAAAAUUUCCCCAAAGCUGGAAAGUUCUGCAAAGUGCAAAAAGCUAAUGGAAGAAAAAAACGAUGGCAAGAAAAAGCCGCAAGAACAGAAACCCCUGUUGAAUUCCUCAUGUAGAUGCCUCAGGAGCAGCGUCACCAAAGCCUUAUCGGGAGCAUCUUGGAUGAACCUGGAGUUAACUGAUAAUGUUCUUUUUCCUAAGAAGCCUCCUUUGAGCUACAAUGGCUUUACAAUGACUCUUCGCAGGAAACCAUUUUCUCAUAGACUAUUCCAAAAGCCAUCAAUGUCACGAGGAAAGAAAACUAGCCCAGAAAAAAAUGUAAGGAAAAAAAAUAAGUUUGAUUUGGAAACCUCCCAUAUAUUACAGGAGAAAAAAAAUGAAGAGACUCCUAGGGCUUCACAACAAGAAUUAAACAAAAAUAAUGAAUUUUCUCCCAAACAAGAUGAGUCUCUGUGUGAUACAGAAGGAAGCCCUGCUUCUGACUGUGACAGUCAGUCCACAAAAGGAGAGAUUUCUCUUGAGAACAGUAUUGCUGCUUCCAACAACACUAUAUCAGAUAGCCACAAUCCAGAAGUAUUAAAAGAGGAAUGUGAGUGUGAAGGACUUGUGGGUAGGGAACUGGCACUGGAUGACCUCUCAAUUAACAGCUCAACCCAAAUUUUGGCCAAUUCUGUUCUUCCACUUUCACAUCUGGAUUCUACCAUCUACCAAAAAAACAAACUUGGAACACUUGUGAAAUCACAUCAUGAGAGUGGCUUAAAUUUGCCAUCUACCUUGAAAGAACAUUCCAAUACACAUUCCAAUUCCAUACAGAUGCUUUCCUCUGAAACAAAAUCAAAGGUACUUGUUAAAAAGUCAAUGUCUUCUGUAGAAUCUCACUCCAAAACUGACUGUGGAUUGGUGCUAGCUAAUUGUGAACCUGAUGCUGAUAUUUUGAUUACCUCUGAAUUAAUCUCAAAAUUGCAUUUAGAUGAUCAGUCUGUGCUAUCUGAGACCCAGUUCAAACAGAUUCCUGAGCCUACUCUUAAAGGAGAAACUGGUUCACAUGAUACAUCUGAAUCCGAAGGUUGGUUAAAGGACCCAAGCCAUUGUGUGGAAUCUUAUUCACAAAAAGACUUGGAAUUAGAGGCAACCAAUAAAGCACUUGAUUCUUUUUUCAACUCUAAAACAGAUUAUCUAGGAUGUGACCCAAUAAACAAAGUUUGUGAACAAGUUUCUAAUACCUCUUUAACUAGUUUUAUUUUGGGAGAUCUUCAGCGGACACUUGAAAAGAUUUCUGCAGAAACUUCUGUUUUGGAUUCAGUGUCUAUGCCUGCUACAUCACUCGAUCUGGAAAAAAAUAUAGCAGGUUCUGUUUCUGUAAGCAAUGAAGUCUUUCUAGAAAUUCAUCCAAAAUGCCCUGAGAGUUCUAAUUCAGGGAUGCAAUCAAACAGUGUAAUGGAUACAGAUAGGACAAUUUUGCCAGAUGACUCCAUUCCAAAGCCUCGGGAUUCCUUGCCUCAGUUGGGAGGUGAUGUGAACUCUGUUCAGGAGAUCAGGAAAUGUGGGACCACUCCAGUUACAACCUCAGAACCAUACUCUCAUGGAAAUACAACAGAUGGUCUUUCUGCCCCAAAUACCUCUUUGCAACCUGUGUUAGAAAAGAAGAAGCGGCGGCGAUGUGGAGUAUGCGAGCCUUGUCUGCGGAAAACUAACUGUGAAGAAUGCAGCUGUUGCAGGAAGCGUAAAACUAGUCACCGAAUAUGUAAAAAGAGAAAAUGUGAAGAACUGAAGAAGCCCCCAGUCCCACCACCCACUUCGAUGGUACCCUUUUUACCCUUAGAGGUGCUAACUGAAAACAAAAGGCCUCAGAGAAGAAAGCAAAGAGUUCUAAAGGGAGACUUAGAAAACAAACCAGUAAAUGGCUGCAGACCAGAGCUCAUGGAAUGUAUUUCUAAUGGCCAUAGUGAAAAGUACAAGGUGAAACCAAACCAACCACUGCCUUGGGAAAAUGCACAGGCAUAUGAAAAGGGAAGUAUGACCGGUUUAGAAACUGAGAAGUGGGUGCAGAAUGAAAAGCCAUUGCUUAGUGUUCAUGUGAAUGGUGACCUCUGUGGAAUCGGAGCAAGGAAUGAGAAUUUAAAGCAUUCUGAGAAGGAUGCAAAAACCGUUUCUUCUUCCAGUGCUUUAGAUGAGCCCAAAAAGUUGUUUGCACACACUGUUAAAAAUGGUAUUAAAAACAUAUCUUGUUCACCAGCAGAAUGUGACGAGUCACUGAAAAAAGAUGUGAGUGAAAAUGCAAAUUUGGCAAAAAGCUGCAAAAAGAAUGACUCUGAUGCCUUUUGGACUGGUACUUCUCAAUUGAAUCACCUCAACACUUUGACAACUGGAACAUGUGGUGCUUCUCCCCCCCCAAACAGUCAUGUUCUAGUGAAGGAGACAGAAAACUCUAAUGCCAUUCAGGAAUCUCAGAACUCACUUUUGGAAACUAUUUCACUUUUAGACCUACAGGACAAGCCAUCUUGUACUCCUGUGCUUGAAAAAGAUGACUGUCUUGAGGAUGGUGCUUCAAAUAUAUCAAACAAGGAUUCCCAGCCUGAAGAUUUGUCACUUCAGUCAACUUUUUUAUCUCUGAUUAAAAACAGAAAUUUAACUGUAGAGCAGGUUGUUGCUAUUGAAGCAUUAACACGUCUGUCAGAAGUCUCUUUAGGCACUUCUUCACCAGCUAAAACAGAAAGUGUUCAAUGUACAGAGCAACAAACAAUUUCUUAUUCACUUAACAAUUACAGAAAGGAUAAUUCCCAUUCUGUGACAUCAGCGCUGAAAGCAAUUAAAGGGACUUGCCCGCCAAAAGACCAACAGCUCUUUUCUCGUGCUCAUUCACAGAGAAAAAUUUUUCCUAAGAAUUUGCUUUACAAUGGUCAAAGUGCUUCUUCCGAACUCUAUAAUAAAUCCACAGGUCCACCCAGUUUAUUGCGUCGAUUACAUUUCUCUCCAAGAGAUACCAAACCUUUCAGUGCACUGGUGUCUGGUGGAAAUUCAAGUCAUACUACCAAAAAACAUCCUCUUAAUCAUAAAGCUGCCAUUGGGCCAUGUUCCAAAAACUCAAAUACUGUCAAACAACAGAGGAACAGAGCAGAGAUGCUUGGGAAAUGGGAGGGAAAGGCUAUUCAUGGCCUGAAUUCAAAAAGUAAUUCUGUAAUUAAGGAUGGUAUUCAUAGCCAAGAUGAAGAAGAGGUAGCUACCCAAUUAACUCAACUUGCAGCAAUAAUUGAAUCCACAAACCCAGAUCAGAAAACAUCAUUUCUUAGUCAAAUGCCACCAGAUAUGCAAUCAAAAUAUAAACAGGACCAGUGCCUAUUGCAGAAGAAACAAUCGGUAUUUGUAAGGAACAACCAUAGUUCGCUGUUAAUCAAGCAGAGGCAACCAGUGCGGAAAAGUGACAAACCAGUACCACGGGUAAAAAGAUUAAAGAAGAAGCCUCAAGCAAUGCCUCACCAACAAAAUAGUCAACUACAGCAAGAAUGCCAGAUUAGUGAAUUACAGGACAAACCAAGGCGGUCUUCUAAACUACGCAAACCUGGUCGGAUUGUACCACAAGAUUCAAAGCUAUCUGUGAUGGGGAAAAAAUCUUCUAAAGCUAAAGUACAGAAAGUGCGGAAUCAGAUUGCUUUGCCUUCACAGCAAAAAACAGCUAUGUUAUUUCUCCCCAAAACUCAAAUAAUAUUUCAUAGACCUUUACCUGCCUCAGCACAAGACAAAAUGAAAAGCAAGCUGUUCGGCCGUGAAAUGGUGCCCGAGCACAUCAAAACCAUGGGUUCCAGUGGUGCGCAGAAUGCUGAUCCUUCAAGUGGUACACCUGUUGCUCUGCAACACAGUGGCCUACUCUCCAAUAAUCUUCUGACUGUUUCUCACUUAGACACACAAUCUGGUUUCAACCAAGAAAGUGAAAAUAUGCCAAUGUUUACAGAAAAAGACAAGGUUUCUCAGGAACAGCAAGCAAUGGGUAUCACUCAGAUGCAUAAUUUGCCUCCGACCUUUAGUCAGUCCAGUCAAAGAGGGGAUGAAAUCUGUGCAGAAAUCCAAGCAAAACUUCAUCUGGAUUCUAUGGAACCACAAAAGGGUCAGAAGCUGCAGACCAGAACCAUUAACAGUGAUGAAAUCCCCCCAAAGAAUCCGUUGCAGACUCUCAGGAAUGCUGAGGGUGCAGAUGAAGAUAAAAUUCUAACAUCAAGAAAUUUGGAGAAUGAGAAUCUACAGACUACUGGGAUCUUAGGAUAUUCUCCAGCAAAAAAUAUGCUCAGUAGCUUUCUUGAAUCACCUAUGAAAUUCCUAGACACCCCUACAAAGAACCUGAUUGAUACUCCUACAAAGAGAGGACAGACAGAUUUUCCAUCUUGUGACUGUGUUGAACAAAUCAUAGAGAAGGAUGAAGGACCAUAUUACACACACCUGGGAACAGGACCAAGUGUUGCUGCUGUCAGGGAAAUAAUGGAGGACAGGUAUGGAGCAAAAGGAAGCGCUGUAAGAAUAGAAGUAGUAGUGUAUACAGGCAGAGAAGGAAAAAGUUCCCAGGGGUGUCCAAUUGCCAAGUGGGUUAUAAGAAGAAGUAGUGAAGAGGAAAAGCUGUUGUGCUUGGUCCGACAGCGCGCAGGACAUCACUGUCAAACGGCUGUUGUUGUGAUCCUUAUUUUGGCUUGGGAAGGGAUUCCUCACCUUCUGGCUGAUACCCUGUACAAGGAACUGACGCAAAGCCUCAGAAAAUAUGGCUGUCCAACAAGCCGUCGAUGUGCACUCAACGAAGAUCGUACAUGUGCCUGUCAGGGUCUUGAUCCAGAGACAUGUGGAGCAUCUUUCUCUUUUGGCUGUUCGUGGAGUAUGUAUUAUAAUGGCUGUAAGUUUGCUAGAAGCAAAGUCCCCAGGAAAUUCAGACUUCUCGCAGAUGAUCCCAAGCAAGAAGAAUAUCUAGAAAAUAAUUUGCAAACUUUAGCUACUGAUGUGGCUCCAGUAUAUCAGAGACUCGCCCCAGAUGCUUUCCACAACCAGGUGGAAAAUGAGCACCUGGGUCCUGAGUGUCGGCUUGGGUCCAAGGGUGGUCGGCCUUUCUCUGGUGUCACAGCUUGCAUAGAUUUCUGUGCCCAUGCCCAUAAGGAUACACACAACAUGCAUAACGGAAGCACGGUGGUUUGUACUUUAACAAAAGAAGAUAACCGUACAGUGGGAGUAAUACCAAAUGAUGAACAGCUCCAUGUGUUACCUCUUUACAAGAUUUCACAAACAGAUGAAUUUGGCAGAGAGGAGGGAUUGGAAGCCAAGAUAAAAGCUGGGGCAAUACAGGUGCUCACUGCUUUUCCCCGAGAAGUAAGAAUGUUAGCUGAGCCACGUAGAGCAACAAAGAAGAAGAAAUCGGAAACAAAGAAAGUGCCUGUUGAAAAGCAAACAUCAGAAAAGAAGCAUUCUACACCUGUAAAGGGGAAAAAUGGAGAGCCAGAAAACAAGACUAAAAGUUCACAGAGCUUAGGGAGCAAAACUAAUACAGUGCAACGUGGAGCAAAAAUGGACACUGGCGAUCACCUUUCUACCAUAAAACAUAAUACAGACACUUCUAAAAAUUGCUCUGUAUUAAAACAAUAUGCCUCUCCCUCCCCUUUAAAGCUGGAUAGCUUACAUUCUUGUUCCCCAUUAACUCACAAACCUGAUGGUAUAAUGCCAGUGACUAAUAGUCAACAAGAUUUUUCAACUCCCUACGGGUAUUUUCAGUGCAGUAGUAACAAACCUCAUGUGACACCCAAAGGUAAGGACUUUGAUGUGUCAACCAGUGAUCAUACUGGAAUUUUGCUGAAUGAGAAGAGGAAUGACAUGGCCCCAUUCUUUCAAGAUCUUACUAUUUCAAAUCCCGCAUCUUACACAGAGUCUCUGCCCUGCACACUUGAACAGGAAGUAGUCAACAAGAAAAAUUGUGAAAUUAAGUUAGAAAACGCUUCUGCCUCACAAUUGAUUAACCCUGAUUCGUCAGUUCUGUUGAAUGCUCCAGGAGACAUGAUCAGAAAUGAAAUUUGCUUUUCCCAGGAGAGUACAAUGCAACAAAGUGCUUUCAAACAAAACCCAAAUUGCAGUUCCACCACUGUGGAUAGCAAACCAAGCAGUGAGCUCCUACAACGCACAGAUUCUGAAGAGAAAGCAGAGGAAAUGUGGUCUGAUAGUGAGCAUAAUUUUUUGGACAAUGACAUUGGCGGGGUAGCUGUGGCACCAUCUCAUGGCUCCAUCUUAAUCGAAUGUGCACGCCGUGAACUGCAUGCUACGACUCCUAUUAAAAAGCCUAACCGGAAUCAUCCAACACGGAUCUCUUUAGUCUUCUACCAACAUAAAAACUUAAAUGAGCCAAAUCAUGGGAUCGCUCUGUGGGAGGCAAAGAUGGCUGAGAGAGCAAAGGAGAAAGAAGCAGAAAGAUUGGAAGCGGAAAAUACUAAUUUGCAAUCCAAUGACAAAAAUACACAACUAGCCAAUGCCACCAGUGAGAUUUUCUAUGAAGACAAUGAAUUCAACCAAAUUCCAUCCCGCCGAGCAUUAACAGUAACUCAUGAUAACAUCAUAACGGUGUCUACUUACGCUCUCACACGGGUCGCUGGGCCAUAUAACCAUUGGGCAUAAAUUUUCAUAGCAACUAUACAACCUUGCCUUGGAGUAGUGUUAUACAAUAAUUUCUAAAGGUGCUGUUAAAGAACAAAGUCUUGUGUGGUUUACUCUCUUCAUCUCAACCAUUUGAAGGCUGAGGUUAAAAAAAAAUGAGAAUUUUUUUCCUUAAACUGUGACUUUAUAUAUUUUAACAUCUGAUGAUGCUCAAGCACAUUUUAAGCAAAAAAAAUUGUAUAAUUAAAUGAUUUAGGCUAGGUUAUUUAACCCUGAUUGAAUUUAUUCAGUUUAUUACAUUUUUGGAAUUUAUACUUUGGUGCUUUGAAUUGUCUGUUUACUACGAAAUGGACUUUUUAUAAAGAUUUUAACAAAUUUCACCUUUUAUGAUGUAAAAUCAAGUUAAACAGUAUUAGAUAUACAAAGCUCUUGGUGCUUAAUCACACAAAACAGUUAAGAAUAAGCUGAUUGAUUUCUUCAUGGUGCCAUUGUUCUGACAGCUUCCAAUCAUUGCUAUGAAGCCCAACUUUAGGAUAAAGAACCAAUGAUGAUUUUAAUUGUGUAUAGAUUGUUCACAUAUGUAUAGCUGUAUGUAUGUGUUGUGUAUAUGCACGCGCACACACUCACUCUCACACACACUAUCACUAGUGAUGGUUGGAGGUUGUAAGCUGUAAAUAUAUAUAUUUAAAAGCACUUUCUAUUUUUAAAGUUAACUUGAAAUAGUAUAAGGAUCACAAUUCUAAAGUUUGUGCAUUGUCUACCAAGGGAUUUAUUUCUCCCCCUUAUUCAGUAAAGUUCCAUACAGCUAUAACAGUGCAUAUAUACUAAGAAUGUUUGCUUUUUAAUCUCUUCCCCUUUCCCAGUGAACAUUUCUGUUUCUAAAGGAAAGGUAAAUAAAAUGCAGAGAGUUCAGUGUUUCCAAAUAUUAAGACUUUUGUCUAUAUCUAUUUUGCUAUGGAAUGGUCUUGGGUUUUAAGAAUUAAUUGAGCAUGGGUUUUUUUAAGCAAUAAUCGCAUUAAGUGUCUCUCAUAUGGAGCAGUGCAGAUUAUAUGACACAACCAAAUGUUCGUAAUGUCUCAGGGGUGGAGUUGUUAUGGGAUCAGAAACUUCCCCCUUGAGUUGCCUUAUUAAUAUUCCGGAAAGUAGAACUUGGAACCUUUCCAAAACAGAGACAUUUGCAGUAUGAACUGUUUUUACAUUAAAUUUUAGUUUUAUUAAGUUUCCCAAAUGUUCAUCAACAGUACAUUCUGUAAAAUUUUAUCUGCUGCCUCCCCUAUACUAAAACAGAAACAGUGCCAUGUAAGGGCUGAUUCCCACAAAAUGUUUCAUGUAAAAAGGGAUCAUAACUGGGUGAAUAGAGCACACGUUUUGUAUACAGAAGGUUGACAUCUUCAGUCAGAUUUUUAAAAAAAGAUCUCCCAUAGUGAGGAUGAGAAGGAUCACCACCUAAGACCUUGGAAAGCACCACCAGUUUGAGCACACUAUAUUGGGCUACAUGAACCAAUAAUCUAACUCAGAGUAAGGCAGCUUCAUAUAUCUCAGUUGGAAGCCAAACUACAUCAUAACUUUUGAGCUUGUUAGAGGGACAGAUGCAAUUUUAUACACAUUGUCCUCCAUAUGUGAAUGUUGUCUGUUUCAAAAUCAGACAACACAUUUUUCCAUGUAUUAUGUGCCCCAGAUACUCGUCACGCUUAUUUUUUGUUCCCAUGUGUGCUCAACCACACAUGGGAACACAAUUUCUUAAUGUUGCUGUGAGGAUCUUGAUCCUACAAGGGAUUUGCCACCUUGCCAAGUGUGUACCAGAGUUUUCUGAUUUGUUCAUUAAAGCAUGGUCAUAGGACUGAGCAAUUCAGUUCCUUGAUCAAAAGCCUUAAAGGAAAACCAUGAGCCCUAACCAUAGAAAAGCAUAACCAGGUAUCGAGCAGGGCUACCCUAUUGCGAUCAGGCAUAAGUUUUCAAUGCAGAAGGUCCUUUCAGUCUCUUGCAUCUCUAGUUCAAAAUCUCAGGUAAGCAGGUCUGAAAGAGGCUCCUGAUAAAGACAGUGGAGAACCAUUGCUUGUCAGAGUAGGCAGGCAAUACCUGGCUAGAAAGAUGGUCCCACUCAGCAUAAGGCAGUGCCAUGUGUUCCUAAGGAUUUACCAUCAAAUACAGUUCCGGCACAAAAUCUUACUGUUUGAAAUCUGAUCCCUGCACAAUUGCCUCUGGUGAGCCAUCUCUGAGUUUCUCUUAAGAAAUCUCAAAACCUAGGCAGCCUCAUCAAAUUCUAGUCUUGCAGAUUACUGGGUGCCAGGGUGUUCCCCACCCCAUCUCACCUUGAUUAUUUUAAUUCUCAGAAAGAGGCAGGGAUGAAAGUGUGGGCUGGUACAAAGCAGCACCUUCCAUCUUCUGCCUCAGGGUCCCCCUUGAGAGAGGGUACUGUACCCGUAAGAAAUUUUAAAGUUAACGUUCAUCCCUGGAAAGAGGAGAUAGCAGAUCAAGUACUUAGCUAGGAUGCUCACUGAUAUAUCUUGGAGCAGUUUAUGCUAAAAGUCACACGUCCAGUCAGCCCACAUCACAGUAGGAUAUAGUCCGUUAAAAAAAAAAGUCGCUGCCACAAGCAAAACAGAUUGUGUGAAUCAAACCUUUGUUUCAAAUGGUGAAUUAACUAGUUUUAACUAGUCAUGAUGGUGACAUCCUAAUUAAAUAUUAGAAGUAAACACUCCUAUUUGGGAUACUGUAGCAUCUCAGUCUUUUUUUCCCUUCUCUCUUUCUCUUCCAUCUUGUACAUUUUUAUUCUUGAUAAAUUUCCUCUCAAACAAAUGUCAACCCUGCUCAGGUUGUGUCCUGCUGAGCUCUGUUCAAGAAAUGGAAAAUGUGUUGAUAUUAACCACUCCAGCUAAAAUUAUUGUUCUGAAUUGGCAUGGUUUGUAAGAAUAAGCGUCGUAGGCCCGAAGGGUAAGCAGCACUGUUAUUCCUGUGUGUCUCCACAAUGUAUAUAAAUCCUACAGGGAUAACCAGAGCUAGAAUCUCAUUUCCAAACUGAACUUUUGAUAACAUACUUGAUGAUAGUAGUGGUGCUGUAACAAAUUGUAACUGAAAUGUCUAGAUCUGCUUUCUUGCAAAAGCUAGACAUGGUGCUUUGUUUUUUUUGGAAAUGUCUACCAUGGUUGUCAUUAUAAUCUGAAAACUUUCUGGGUUUUUUUUUUUAAAGAUAGAGGUGAAUGUUCUAGUUUGCCCUUAAGUCAACUCAGAUCUGGUCCUGCAAAAAAAAGUGGGGUUAAUCCCCAUUUAUCUCACUUCAUCUGCUUUGCAUGAUAAUUAGAUGUGGAUUAGGGAAUCGCAUUGCUCCUUCUGCACCAUUGGGGCUCCCUUGCCUCUCCUGCUACCUUACAGAGGAUCAUCUCUGUCAUACCUAAUGGUGCAGAAAAUUUGUUAGACGAGGGGAGGAAUGCGGAUAUGGUGUCUGCAACUCAGUUGCUUUCCUUCCCCUACCUAAACAGGUGACUGACUUCUGUAAGAGGACAGUUCUGAUCCUGUUUAAGAGAUGUAUACCUAAUACUUUAGUAGCACUGUGUGUGAAGUCUGGUGCUAUGUGCAGGAUUUACUUCCCUUUUUCAUUGUCAGCAUUUGCAUUCCCAGUAUGACAGAUGUACAAGCAAAUACAAACUUCUGCUUGUAAUACUUACUGUGUACAAGUUCAAACAAUCAAGCAUUCAUUAAAAAAUCAAAUCUGUAAUAUGUAAGCAUAUAGCAAGCUGCACUGCUUUCUGUGGAGGGCCUG